AACGACUUGUUUUUGUUUCUUCUCCAUCGGGAACAAUCCCUUUAAAUUUCCAUCGUGAAUGUUUGGGAGAAUCCACAGAAAGCAACGCAAUUUCCGCAAUGGCUUGUCACACCAUCGAAUUCCAUCUUCUUCUUUGCAAGAAGAUUUCCACCUUGUUGAUGGAACUGCGAAUAAAUCUUUUCUCCUCAUCGCUUGCUAUAAAUCCAUGUCUCUGACCUAGGGUUGGAACUUGGAACUCUAGAUUCAAGCUCAAUCUUUGAGGCAUGUUGAGUUUCAAGGAGGGGAAUGAGAAGGGGCCUGUACUGGUUGGUCCAUGGGGAGGACAAGGAGGAGUUCCAUGGGAUGAUGGGGUUUAUAGUACUGUAAGGCAGAUAGUAAUCACCCAUGGAACUGCCAUUGAUUCUAUCAGGAUAGAGUAUGACCGGAAAGGGACUUCCCUUUGGUCUGUCAAGCACGGUGGUAAUGGUGGGGCAAAAACUGACAAGGUUCCACUUGACCAUCCAACAGAGAUUCUUACCACAGUAAGUGGUCACUAUGGCUCAAUGACAAAUGGAAGUCCUAUUAUUAUCAGGUCAUUAACAUUUCACAGCAAUUAUUCAAAAUAUGGGCCAUUUGGUUUAGAGCAAGGAACACAGUUCUCUUGCCCGAUAAAUGGUGCAAAGAUUGUUGGUUUUCACGGGAGAUCAGGAUGGUAUGUUGAUUCUAUUGGAUUUUAUAUGAAGCACAUAAAAAAUCCAAGCCCAUGGAAGUCUUUGGUUCCAUUAAGAACUCUAAGUACUAGUAGUAAUGAUGUAGCUGGUUAUACUGUUAUGGAGGGAUCUGUAGGCAAAGGCUUUGACAUAGUUCUUGCAGUAAGAGAGAGGGGUGAUAACUUACCAGUUAUAUCCAAGAAGUUUACAAGAGAGCCUUCUUCUGUUCCUGAGUAUGCUGAAGCUGGUUUGGUGAACAAGAUUGUUGCUUGUCCUAGCUUAAGUGGAGAUAAUGGAUUGCCAAACUUGGGUGCUGUGACAUAUGGUCCUUGGGGUGGCACUGGUGGAACCAUAUUCGAUGAUGGUAUAUACACAGGAGUUCGACAAAUCCAUUUGUCCCGUAAUGUAGGAAUUACAUCAAUGAAGGUACUUUAUGAUAAAAAUGGGCAAGAAGUAUGGGGAAAUCGACGUGGAGGAAGUGGAGGACUCAAAUUUGACAAGAUAAUAUUUGACUAUCCGUUUGAAAUCUUGACAUCUGUAACUGGCUACUUUGGGACUACAAUGCUGAUGGGGCCAAUUGCAAUUAAAUCACUCACAUUUCAUACUACAAAGAAAAAGUAUGGACCAUUUGGGGAGCAACAAGGGACCUUCUUCUCUUCUUUUUUGGCUGAUGGAAUGAUUGUAGGAUUUCAUGGUAGGGGUGGUUGGUACAUUGAUAGCAUUGGAGUCCAUGUUCUUGAAGGAAAAGUGUCACCACCAGAGAGUCCUCCUGCUGGUUAUCCAUGGAAAGGAAGUGGAAUGGGCAUUUCUGAGAUUGAUAAUCCUCAAUGGUCUAACAAAAUUGUUCUUCCAAGGGGUAUAACUGGGGAAGAGGUUACCUAUGGUAUAGUUAAAGAUCCAGUUCCGAGUGGACCAGGACCCUGGGGUGGAGAAGGAGGUAAACCAUGGGAUGAUGGAGUCUAUUUAGGAGUUAAACAAAUAUUUAUCACCCGUGGAGAUGCCAUUUGCUCAAUACAAAUCGAGUAUGAUAGGAGCGGCCAAUCCGUAUGGUCUUCUAGACAUGGGAGCGCUGGCCAAAUUACCCAUAGAGUUAAAUUUGAAUACCCGAAUGAGGUCCUUAACUGCAUAAGUGGUUACUACAACAGCAUUGGUGGAAAUACUGGGCAAAAUGUCAUCAGUUCGAUCACAUUGUACACGUCAAGAGGAAAGUAUGGACCAAUCGGUGAAGAAUUAGGUACAUAUUUCACUUCUAUAACUACUGAAGGCAAAGUAGUUGGUUUCCAUGGCAGAUGCGGGAUGUAUUUGGAUGCCAUCGGGGUCCAUAUGCAACAUUGGUUAGGCGAUCGCAGAUCGUCCAAGUCUAUAUUCUCAAAGUUUUUAUUCUGAACCAUUGCUAUGCCACUUUUUAUGAAGUCAUUCUGUAGAUGUUCUCAAAUGGAAUUUGAUUGAUACUUACAUUAAAUUACGAUGGUGUGUAUUGAAAUAAGAUGAAGGUACACAAGUCAAACUCUCA